UUCAGAAAACCAGAAAAAAAAUGCUAAGCAAUAUAGCUAGUUACCUGUUGGGUUUUGGAAGUAGUCCAGCUCCUGAAGAACCUGAAAUUAAGGUGACAGCAGUCGAAGCCGAGGAUGACUGGCUAGUUGUGAACACUCUCCCCCGAAGCAGAAAUCAUAGCCGGUCUUCCUCACUAGACUCUGCAGUUGAAGAAUCAUGGUUUGUAACUCCUCCACCAUGUUUCACUUCAACAGGGCCAGUAACAGUAGAGACGUCACCACUGGAGAACUUGCUUAUUGAACAUCCCAGUAUGUCAGUGUACAGGCGAGCAACUGGACUGACAAUUACCCCCAGCCCACCAACUCCUCCACCAUCUCCACCACAACCACAACCACCAGCUGUUCGGCCACCAUUGAGGCCAGCUCCAGUCAAUACUCCAACAACACUUCCACCACCACCAUGCCUCCUCAAGAAAGCUCAAAAGGCUCAAAUCAUAAAGGAAAACCAAAUGAUAAGAACUAAACACUUGGAGCGGGGGAACAAAACAAGAGAAGUUAAUAAACGGAACAAAAUACCUCGCCGCUCAGAUCGCCAAAAGAAUCAUUCUGGAGUCAAUAACAAUCGCAAAUGCUACUAG